AUGGGCCGAACCACACUCUUUUCUUUCCUUUUCCUGUCUUUAUCACUAAUUCAGACUUCACGAGCCCAACUCUCGAGUUGUCCAUCUGCCGAGGAGAACAUUGUCGCAGCCGACGGCUCUUCCACCUGGGCCGUCUGCCAUCAAACCGACUACCAGGGAACAACAACCAAGUUUGUUGACACUGUCGCCACAUUGUUCGACUGCGCCCAAGCCUGUAGCCAAGAUCCCCAAUGUGACAAGGCAGUCUACGACAAGGCCAACUUCGGCUGCCAUCUCAAGGCCAAGGAUGGUCUCACAUGGGCCACAGACGCUCGCUUCACGACCAUCAGACUCGUCUCCAAGCUGAGCAAUGGCGCACCUAUCCAAUCUUGCCCAACUGGCGCAACGAACGUCACUUCUUCCGGAGCCAUUUUGGCAGCCUGCCCGAACACAGAUUAUCAAGGCACCACGGUUCGGGAUGUUGACGGAGUCACGUCGAUCGAAGCAUGCGCUAUCGAAUGUGGCAACGACUCAUCCUGCUUGAGAGCCGUUUUCCAAAAGUCAAGCUCGAAGUGCUACAUCAAAGCGGAACCGAAAGAACUUCAGUGGGCAUACCAGCCUGGCUUCGACUCGAUAAGCAAAGUCUCUGUCCUCGCAGAUGGUGACGGCAUUACCAGCUGCUCAGGUGGCUACUCCAACAUCACCACCCAGAACGGCGCUAGCUUCGCGACUUGCAAGAACGCAGACUUCACUGUCCCUAGCGUCAACAUUAUUGACGGCUGUGCUUCCGUUCAAGCUUGUGCCGAAAGCUGUACCACGAACCAGGACUGCGUCUAUGCCGUCUACGAUAUGCAGAACAAUGUUUGCCACAUCAAGGGAACUGUGGCCGCCGCGUCAGAUUGGAAGUUCAACCGCCAGUUCACCUCUCUACAGAUGGUCAAGGCUAGCACGUCCAAGGCUACGUCGAAAGUCGGCCGGUGGGCGGAUGUGAUCCAGUUUCCGAUCAUCCCCGUUGCUGCCUACGUCGUGCCGGCUCAACCUUCUUCAUCGAGACUUCUUGUGUUCUCUUCAUGGGGUGACCGCGCGUUUAGCGGACCUACGGGCAUCACGCAGUUCGCAGACUACAACUUCCUCACCGGCGCCGUCUCUCAGCGGACUAUCACAAACACGAAGCACGACAUGUUUUGCCCUGGAAUCAGCUCACUUGCCUCUGGCAAGAUCGUCAUCUCUGGCGGCGAGAAUGCCGAAGCUGUUAGUGUAUACGACCCUGCUACGAGCGAGUUCACUCGCGCAGCCGAUAUGGUCAUCGCCCGUGGAUAUCAGACGUCAGCUACGUUAUCAGAUGGCCGCAUCUUCACCAUCGGAGGAUCAUUCACAGGCCCCAUUGGCGGAAAGACAGGCGAGGCUUAUGAUCCUGUCCAGAACAAGUGGACUCUCCUCCAGGGAACCGACCCUACUCCGCUAUUGACGACUGAUCGCGAGGGGCCGUGGCGUGAAGACAACCACGCGUGGCUUUACGGCUGGCGUAACGGUUCCGUCUUCCAAGCUGGCCCUAGUAAAGCGAUGAACUGGUACAGCACCAACAAUGGCGGCUCUGUUUCUCCAGGAGGCGUCCGCACGAACGUCAUGGACCAGAUGUGCGGCGUCAACGUCAUGUUCGAUGUUGGAAAGAUUCUUACUGCAGGAGGAAGCCAGGAUUAUACCGACAGUGAUGGCACGAAGGCAACCCAUCUUAUCACCAUCACGGAUCCCGGUGUGCCAGCGACUGUGGAGACUCUCCCGGAUAUGAACUUUCCUCGUGGCUUUGCGAACGCCAUCGUGCUUCCAGACGGCAAGGUGAUCGUGACGGGCGGACAGCGCCGGUCGUUGGUCUUUACUGACACAGACUCUGUGCUGGUCCCGGAAAUCUGGGAUCCCAAGACAAGGGGCUGGACUCAGAUGGCUCCUGCUACUGUUCCGCGCAACUAUCACGCCGUCGGCAUUCUUCUACCUGACGCUACGGUCUUCGUGGGCGGCGGGGGUAUGUGCCCUGCUGCCCAGGGCAGCGACCUGUCUUGGUGUGACCGCGCCAAGGAUCACUUUGACGGCGAGAUCUUUUCCCCACCCUACUUGUUCACUGCCGCGGGUGAGUUGGCAAAGCGGCCGGUAAUUUCGAGCAUCUCCUCCACUUCAGUCAAGGUCGGAUCCUCUCUCACGAUCACGCUUGAGGGCGGACUCGAUGGUGCCUCAUUCGCGAUGGUUCGGAUGGGAAGCGCGACACAUAGUGUCAACUCGGAUCAACGCCGUGUGCCUUUGACUGAUAUCACGAAGAACAGUGCGGGCAAGUACACAGUGAGACUUCCAAAUGACUCGGGUGUUCUCAUUCCUGGACCUUGGUAUCUAUUUGCGAUGUCUAAGGAGGGGGUGCCCUGUGUGGCCAGAACGGUUUUUGUACCUGCUUGA